AUGACUACCCUCCCUAUUAUUGACCUUUCGGCAAAGCAGGACCCCGCAACUGUUGAAAAUUUGCGACAUGCGUUACGUAAAUACGGCGCCUUUCGUUUAUGGGCUCCCGAACUGAAGCAGGCAGUUGCUGGAGGCCUAUUGCGCGAGGCCCGAGGCUUUUUUCAGCUCCCAACUGAAGUAAAACAACGAACAAAAGGGUAUUCAGGCUUUGGCACGGAACUCAUUCGUGGAACUACGCCAAUACCAAAAGAAGGCAUCAACUUCUUCCGGAAGAACGACCAGCGAGAUGGUUGUAUUCCUCCCCCAGCCGAGUUUUUUCGCCAUGUCAUAGCAAUACAUGAUAACUGGAAGCGUUCUCAAGACCAGUUGUUUAACUUAGUCUUUUGUGACGUUCUCGAGUCGGAUAUACCCUUGACGGGGACCCCGUCGCUUGACUAUGAGUCGGUAGGUAUACAAUAUUAUAACCCUCAACGGAUGAUCACCGGGGACGGCGAUUAUUCUCCUCCGCACAUGGAUGGUGGCACGCUUACGAUAUUGAUUCGGGAGGAUGACGAAGGUGAUGGACUAGAGGUUGCGGAUCUUGAAUCCACAGAGGAGCUUGGUAGCGACGGUGUAGGUCGCGAGGCUGAUUUUUUGCGUGUUCCUACGGCUCCAGAUGAAGUGGUUGUAAUGGUAGGAACUCGAUUGCAGCGUAUAAUGGGGAGAACCAAGGCUCGCGCCUGCGUGCACCGAGUUGUUGGCCCAGGCCAGAAACAUAGCACGGAUGAUCGGGUUAGCGUUGGAAUAUUUCGUGCCUGUGUUCCUCAUCCUCCUCCCCCUGCUUAG